AAAUUCGUUAACAAUAACAAUAAUGGUGUUAUCAUUUAUUAUUAUCACAACAACAAAUUAACGGAACGUGUAACUUGUACUUGUGUAACUUAUGCUUUCUAUUGUUCAUCCGAAUUUAUGAUUAGUAUACAUGCUGUUGCUGUUCGCCGAAAUUCACAACUGCAUGGCAUCUCAUGAUUCCUCUCACUUUGAUUAUGUCCAUCCGAUAGAAGUUUAAUUCCCUGUAAGGAUGAAUCGUUAUUCAGAUAUAAAUUGGACUUGGAACUGGACUGAAUUCUGUGGCCAGCCGGAGGGAUUUGUUUUCUGGGAUCAAAAACAUGGAGACUUGGGUGACUGCUUUCAGAAACUGGUUUUGCACUUCCCUGUCCUAUGUCUCAUUUCUAUCAUAUCAGGGUAUUAUUGCGGCCGGGACUUUAAUUAUGCCUUCAGAUCACGCUUUGAAAUGAAUAUGCUCAGAGUAAGGUACACUCUGACAUUUUUCAUGGCCCUUUUACCUGUGAGUAGAGUAAUUCUGGAGAUAAGCACAGUUCCAUUGCAUUUUGCUCCUGUUUUACUUUUGUUCAACGUAACUCAAUGCUUUGCAAUGCUACUUCAUUUUUGUUACAUACUGUGUUUACGUCAUCGAUUAAGUCCCAGUCAUCGCGGCCCUGUCUUGAUGAAUGCUAUCUGGAGUGUCUACUUCAUUAUAACGUUCAUUGCACUUCGUUCUCAGUUUAUUAUUUAUAAGCACAUCCCAAGUGUCUCCAAUUGUUCAGUACACUUCUACUCAGCAGUAAUAUCUGCCGCUCUCCAGCUCCUCUACUUACUAACUCUGCUUCCCAGUUCACCCUCUAAUGGCGUCAGAAGAUAUCAGCAGUUCUGGGAUACCCUUAAUGAUGAGAAUUUUCAGAGCACUCGUUAUCACCGUUUCGACGAAGAUUUGGGUCGUCACUACCUUGGAGAAGCAAUGGAAGGAUGGGGGCCCCUGGCUAAACUGUUCUUUACUUGGGUGAACCCUUUAAUAGAAAAAGGAGCCUCAGAAGAUAUCAAACACGCUGAUGACCUUUUUGACUUACCUGUAUCCAUGGCUGCUUCGGUUUUAUGUGAAAAAUUUGACCACAAAUUAUACACAGUCAAACUAUCAAAACCAGAGGUUGACUCAAGAGAUGAACCCGGGAGCUUUGAAGAAGAAACAGAAACUUUGUCAAAAGAACAAGUUUAUAACGUUUCUUUGAUAAGAGCUCUGUUCCGCAGUUUUGGGAAACCAUUUUUUGGGAUUGGCAUUCUCAAGCUGAUUGCAGACUGUUCUGGUUUCUUAGGUCCUCUUCUAUUGUAUCGACUCGUCUCUUUCAUUGAGACGAAAACUGAACCAAUUCAAUAUGGAUACUACUAUGCAAGUGCUCUUGCUGUCUCGUCUGUCAUCAGUGCAUUUUGCAGUGUGCAUUUUUCAUUCAUGAUGGCAAAAGUGAAGUUAAAAAUUCGUGGUGCCUUCAUUACAACUAUCUACAAAAAAACUCUGACUCUGAAUUCUCUAUAUUUAAAUAAGUUUAGCACGGGUGAAAUCAUCAACUUCAUGAGUACUGAUACUGAUCGAGUGGUCAAUUUAUGUCCAAGUUUUCACGAAGUCUGGAGCAUACCAUUUCAGAUUGGCGUUAUCAUGUACAUGCUAUACACGCACAUUGGCCUAGCAUUCAUUUCUGGAGUUGUGUUUUCUUGUUUGAUCAUUCCAAUGAAUAAAGUCAUAGCAUCAAAAAUAGGUAGUUACAGUACCCUUCUCAUGAGUCAUAAAGAUAAAAGAGUGAAUUUAAUGUCUCAAAUCUUACAUGGAAUCAGAGUCAUCAAAAUGCAUGUGUGGGAGGAUCACUUUGCUUCAAAAGUUAAAGAUGUAAGAGGCUCUGAGCUGAAGUAUUUGAAGUACCGAAAAUACUUGGAUGCUUUGUGUGUAUUCUUUUGGGCAACAACUCCUGUUCUGAUGUCUGUCUUGACUUUUUCUACAUUUGUUCUGAUGGGAGGAAAACUUAACGCAGCUACGGUUUUCACAUGCGUUUCUCUUCUUCAUAUGUUAAUUAUGCCCUUAAAUGCCUUACCCUGGGUCUUAAAUGGUCUCACUGAAGCUUGGGUGUCCAUUAAAAGAAUUCAGAAACUUUUUGAGAUGCCGGAUUUAGAUUAUGGAAAUUUUUACAACUGCGUCACCGGAAUGAAUUCAGGCACUCUCAUUAUCGAAGAUGGUUGUUUUUCUUGGGGAAGUAAACAUUUUAGACUGGAAAAUAUCAAUAUAAGUGCAAAAAAGGGUCAGUUCAUUGGAGUGGCAGGGCAAGUUGGAUCUGGAAAAUCUUCCUUGUUAUUCGCAAUUCUGGCUGAACUGGAGAAACACACUGGCAUAGUGGCAACUUCGGAGCUAGAAAAUGGUAUUGCUGUUGUAACUCAAUCUCCUUGGCUUCAAAAUGGCACAAUCCGAGAAAAUAUUUUAUUUGGAAAAGCUUUCGAUCAGACCCGAUACAAAGCUGUAAUUUCUGCCUGUGCACUGGAUGAAGAUCUGGAAGUUUUACCUGGAGGAGAUGAGGCAAAUGUCGGUGAAGGUGGUUUCAUGUUGAGUGGUGGUCAAAAAGCUAGAGUGUCGCUUGCUCGAGCCAUAUACCAGGACAAGCUGUUGUACCUCCUAGAUGAUGUUCUAUCUGCUGUUGACAAUCAUGUUGCAUUACACAUUUAUCAACAUGUCAUUAAUGGACUGCUCAAGAAUAAAACACGAAUUCUAGUCACUCAUCAAACACAAUAUUUACUAUCUGCUGAUCGUAUAAUAUUUUUGAAAAAUGGGAGAAUCGAAAAAGAAGGUAAACCAUCUGAGGUUCUACCUGAUUAUGAGGAGCACUUGCUAUCUUCAAGUAGUUUUAGAGAUCCCUCUGAUGCCUCAAGUUCCAGUAGAGAGCAUAAAGAUGUCAUCAAGCGAGUCCAAUUACCACCAGAACACUUGGAAGGUGAAGUGUCUGAGAUCGGUGGUCUUGCAUUUUCUGUCUACGCUAGGUACUGGAAAGCCAUAGGUCAUACAUUGGCUUUGCUGAUUCUCCUCUCCAUACUAUGUAUGCAGGUUCUACGUAACAGCACUGAUUUCUGGCUUGCAUAUUGGGUGACAAAUGAAGGAAAUACCUCAGUUGUAAAUGCAAGUUAUGAUCAAAUGUCUACUGAAUACAUUUUAUCAGAGGAGUAUUUUGGCAAUGAUGCUGACAAUUAUUUUAAUCUUGAGUAUUUGAUCUUGGAGGCCAAGCAUAGAUUCUCUUAUUAUUUAACUGUUUAUGUGUCUCUCUGCGGUGCCAAUUGCAUCAUUGCCCUGUUACGCGCUUUUUCUUUUGCCUAUGGUGGGGUAAAAGCAGCUUCCAAAAUCCAUGCUGAGCUAUUUUCUACUAUCAUGAAGGCCAGAACGGAAUUUUUUGAUCUCAAUCCUCUCGGCAGGAUUCUUAAUAGAUUUUCCUCAGAUGUGUAUACAAUUGAUGAUUCAUUGCCUUUUAUUUUGAAUAUAUUUUUGGCAGCAACAUUUUCUCUUCUAGGUGCCUUAACUCUAACUGUGUACAGUUUACCAUGGCUGUGUUUGAUCCUAGCCCCGCUUAUCCCCAUAUACCUAUGGCUGCAGAACAGUUAUCGCUUAGCAUCAAGAGAACUGAAACGACUAUCUACUACAACUUUGUCCCCAGUUUAUAGUCAUUUUAGUGAAACAUUAGCAGGACUAUCUACUAUAAGAGCAUUCAGAGCUCUACCACGGUUCCGAAGAGAAAAUGAAUUUAAAUUGGAAAAUAAUCAAAAGACACAAUUUGCCAGUGCAUCGAUUUCUGCCUGGCUUCAGCUUAGACUCCAGUUAAUGAGCAUUGCAAUGAUCAUUGGAACUGGAUUCAUUGCCAUAUUACAGCACCAUUUCGAUACUGCAAACCCAGGAUUGGUUGGACUGGCAAUAUCUUCUGCUUUAACUUUGACUGGCCUUGUCAGCAAUGUUCUGAAUGUUUUUACGGAGACUGAAAUGGAACUAAUUUCUGUUGAACGAGUGUCCCAGUACAUCAAGAGUGUUAAACGCGAGAGAAAAUGGAGGUAUCCCUCCUCUGCCCCAUAUGGCUGGCCAAGUUUAGGAGUUGUUGGAUUUCAUCAUGCUGAAUUGAGAUAUAGGGAGCACCUGGUGCCAUCUUUAAAAGAUAUUUGCUUUGAGACUCGACCAGCUGAAAAGAUUGGUGUUGUUGGCCGGACUGGGUCUGGAAAAAGUUCCUUAUUUGUUGCCCUCUUCCGCAUGGUAGAAUUAACCAGUGGAAAGAUUGUCAUUGAUGCCGUUAAUAUUGCAAAACUCUCCUUAAAGCAGUUGAGAUCUCAACUUGCAAUCAUUCCUCAGAAUCCAUUCAUUUUCUCAGGCUCAAUCCGAGAAAAUAUUGACCCUUUGACGGAGCAUCAAGACUCCGAAAUAUGGACUGCUCUCCAAAGAUGCUGCUUGCAUAAUACUGUAAAAAGACUGGGUGGACUUUCUGUAGAGUUGGGAGAAAAUGGUGUGACUCUCUCAGCCGGACAAAAGCAACUGCUCUGCCUUGUAAGAGCAGUAUUGCAUAAUGCAAAGGUUUUAUGCAUUGACGAAGCGACUGCAAACGUAGAUGAAGAGACUGAUCGUUGCAUCCAAGGGACGAUUCAGACUUCAUUUAGACAAAGUACUGUGAUAACGAUUGCUCAUCGCGUUGCAACAAUAAUGGACAGUGAUAGGGUCCUCGUGUUGGAUGACGGUUGUGUCAAAGAAUUUGAUGCUCCGCAAACACUACUCCAAAACAAAGAGUCAUAUUUUUAUAAAUUAGCCAAUCAAGAUUUUCAGUAACUUUCUGUGAUAUUAAUUGUCAACCCUGUACCAAUUGUUAUCUAAAUGAUAAGUUUGUUUCUUUUACUAGAGAUUUGUGCAUAGUAGAAGAUAAGUUUUUAGUUUUACAAUUUAUUUUACUAGUUUUUAACCUAUUUUAAUAUUUUUUACCGCCUCUUUUAAAAUGUUGUAUGCUGUGGAAUACAGUUUUUUUUCUCAUUAAUUU